AUGAGGAUCACCCUACUUCCCGUCUGGGCUUUUGCCCUGACCGCGACCGCCUUCUGGCGCAUGGAAUGCCACGCCCGCGUCGGCCUGGCUAGACUCGACCCUCUGGUCUCGCCCGGAGAGGUCUCCCAACACGUCCAUGCCAUCCACGGUUCGAGCGGAUUCUCCGAAGACGCUACCUACGAGGACCUCGUGCGCGCCAACUGCACCUCAUGCGCUGUCACCCAGGACAAGUCGGUGUACUGGCACCCAUCCGUGCUCUUUCAGGACGCUUCCACCGGCGAGUUCGAAGCUGUGGACCAGAGAGGAGGCAUGCUAGCGUACUAUCUGCUGUACAGCAAUCCCGGUGAGAAGUCUGUCAAGGCCUUUCCCCAGGGUUUUCGCAUGAUCGCCGGCGAUAGCCUUCGUCGCAACUACAGCUUGGGCGAUGUCAAUACCCCGGAUCCCGAAAAGUCGUUGUGGGCUGCUCUCGGCCAGGUCACCCAGGGCGAUCUCGCCCAGCGUGCACUGGGCUUCAACUGCCUCAACUACCAGAAGGCUCCCGAGGGCUCGCUCUACCGCCAUUUCCUGCCAGACAAGGCUUACCUCGACGCGAAUUGCCCCGAUGGCAUUCGCUUCGAGCUGAUGUUCCCGUCGUGCUGGAAUGGCAAGGAUCUCGACUCGCCCAACCACAAGGACCAUGUGGCGUAUCCUGAUCUUGUCAUGACCGGCACCUGCCCUCCCGACUACCCCAUCCGUCUCGUGAGCCUCUUUUACGAGACCAUCUGGGCCACCGAUGCAUUCAAGAACCGUCCUGGAAAAUUUGUCAUCUCCAACGGAGACCCGUACGGUUACGGGUACCAUGGCGACUUCAUGACUGGCUGGGACCCGAACUUUUUGCAGCAGGCCGUCGAUACCUGCACAAGCGACAGCGGAAUGAUCAGCGCUUGCCCUUUGUUUGAUAUCCAGGAUGACUCCAAGGCCAACCAGUGCAAGAUGGAUCUUCCAGCCGCCCUCGUCAACGAGGAUGUCCGCGGACCGGGCCUCAAAUCCUUGCCCGGCAACGUCGCUAUCCAGUACGGUCCUGGCCCGGCCACCAUGGCCCACCCUCCCCAGCCAUCGAGCGUCCAGGCUGUUCCUACCCUGACGUACAAGCCCGGCUCAAGUGCCACGGCCAGCGGCACUUACCUCCCCGGCCAGGUCUUCAAGGCCACGGCCGAAGGCGUGGCCCAGGAUCAGCCCACAAGCACGCCUCCACCGCAGGCUUCCGCUGCUCAGGUUCAGCCCCCUGUCGCUCCACAGGUCCAACAGGUGUCUGUGGAAUCGGCGCCGGCUGUGCCCCCAACGCCAGCCCCUGUCCCUCCACCGCCGGCCACUACACCUCCCGCACAGCUGCCUGCGGCGCAGGCCGCUGGCGAUGGGCUCUCUUACGAAGUUGUCCGUACCGAAUAUGUGACGAACGGCAACAUCGUCUCCGAAAUCGUUUGGCAAGAAGCUGUUGUCUAUGUGACUGUGUCGGAGGAUGUCACCUCAACAGUCACCGUCAGCGCCGACGUGCCCAAUCAGGUCCAAGUCAAGGCCCGCCGGAUCCCCGGCCACGUGCAUCGCCAUGCCGGACGGCAGCAUGGACACCGAUCCUGA